AUGGAUUUAAUGAAUCGUGUGUUUCGGCCAUAUUUGGAUGAAUUUGUAGUCGUCUUCAUUGAUGAUAUUCUAGUCUAUUCUCGGAUUGAGGCAGAGCAUGAUGAGCAUUUGAAGAUCGUUCUGUGGACCUUGAGAGAGCAUCGACUAUAUGCCAAGCUGAAGAAGUGUGGUAUUCAGGUUGAUCCAAGCAAGAUCGAGGCUAUUGUAAAUUGGAAACGACCCAAUAACGUCUAUGAGAUUCGCAGUUUCUUGGGCUUAGUUGGAUAUUAUCAACAAUUUAUUGAGAGUUUCUCGAUCAUUGCUGCUCCUUUGAGGAAGUUGUGA